AAGAUUCACUAUUUUGCCACUCUGAGCGACUUAUUCCUCAAGACAUUUCCAUUCAAUACAGAAAAUAAACAGACGAAACCAGAAAUCCCAAAGGUAGAAGAAAAAACUCUAAAAGAUCAACAGAUCGAAGUGAAAAUGGAGUGCGUGUUCGGUUUAGUAGGCAGUGAUUUCGCCGUCGUUGCGGCGGACUCAUCUGCGGUUCACAGCAUCCUCGUCCACAAAUCUAAUGAAGACAAGAUCAUGAUCCUCGAUUCUCACAAACUCAUCGCCGCUAGCGGUGAACCCGGCGACAGAGUACAGUUCACGGAGUACAUACAGAAAAACGUGGCUUUAUGUCAGUUUCGAAACGGUAUUCCUUUGACGACUGUGGCUGCUGCUAAUUUCACUCGCGGUGAGCUUGCCACUGCCUUAAGGAAGGUAUAUGUAUUUUGGUUGCCUUUAAGUGCCUUCGAACAUACAGAAGAUAUCCGUGUAUGAGAAAGAUGUUUUUAGUUCUUUACUGUGUGCCAUGAGAAUGUUGAAUUUGGUCCUUUCUCACCUGCUUCCUCCUCUCUUCUACUACUGUUAACAAUGACAUCGUGGCUCCUCCAAACUUUGUCAUCAAGAUCGUCGACAAGGAUGGAGCAAGAGAGUAUGCCUGGCGUGAAUCUGUCAAGGAUGCUGCCAUUGCUUCAGCCUGAAGAUAUUUUUCGUGGACUUGCUCUUCUGUUCUGAACUUUUAAUUUGCAUGUACUGAUAGGGGAAAAAACCUAUUUACCUAUUGACUUGAUUAUGUUCUGAAGUGGAAAAAGAUUUGGAAAUAUGAUGAUACUUUUUAUCA